UUGCAAAUGACGAAUCAAACGCAUUUGCUCCUUCAGCGAUAUUUGUGCUGAACACAAUCAGUGUUGCCGAUUAGAUAUCGGUAGGCAUGUCGGUAGGGCAGUUUAAUUACUCCAAUGUGAUUGAAUUUGAUCGAGGCAGAAUAAUUGCUAACCACUGUUAACGCGUGACCAAUUUCCACAAAAUAUCUGUUCACCUUUCGGAGGUUCUCCCUUGUUCUCUCUCUCUCUUUCUUUCUUUCGUAAUCGGUUGCAAUGUUGCGUCUUUGGAAGGGUUUAAAUCUGCGACGAGCAUUUUCCACGGCAGCGACUAUACCCAAUCCAGAAACCAAUCCGUCCAUCUUAUAUACAGGGAUCUUUAUUAACAAUGAAUGGCAUAAAUCAAUAUCCGGUAAAACGUUUCCCUCGAUCAAUCCGACGACUGGAGAAGAGAUUGCAGAAGUGCAGGAGGGCGAUGCUGCUGAUGUCGACCAGGCUGUUAAUGCAGCGCGAAGGGCUUUCAGGUUAGGAUCCCCAUGGCGAACCAUGGAUGCGUCGCAACGGGGAGUUUUACUGAAUCGUUUAGCUGAUCUUUUGGAACGUGAUCGCAGAUAUCUUGCGUCCUUAGAGACCCUGAACAAUGGAAAACCAUAUUCGGUUGCUUACGAAUUUGAUGUUCCUGCAAGCGCUGGCACCUUAAGAUAUUAUGCAGGAUGGGCCGACAAAAAUCAUGGCAAAGUCAUUCCUAUGGACGGAAAAUUCUUUGCAUACACUAGACAUGAACCAGUUGGUGUAUGUGGUCAGAUUAUUCCAUGGAACUUUCCCAUUCUGAUGAUGGCUUGGAAACUGGGUCCAGCUCUUGCCACUGGAAACGUUAUUAUUCUGAAACCCGCGGAACAGACUCCUCUUACUGCACUAUACAUUGCACAAUUAAGCAAAGAGGCAGGAUUUCCUGAUGGCGUAAUCAACGUUGUUCCUGGAUACGGAAAGGCUGGAGCGGCUUUAGUUGCACAUAUUAAUGUCGACAAAGUCGCGUUCACUGGAUCUACAGAAGUUGGAAAGUUGAUAAAGCAAGGCGCUGCUCUCAGCAAUUUAAAAAGAACCACGUUGGAGCUGGGUGGAAAAUCACCAAAUGUCAUUUUUAAAGAUGCUGAUUUGGAUCAUGCGAUUGAAACUGCCCACUUUGGAUUAUUCUUCAAUAUGGGCCAGUGCUGCUGCGCCGGUUCUAGGACUUUCGUCGAGGACGCAAUUUACGAUGAAUUCGUCGAGAGGAGUGCUGUGCGUGCUAAAUCCAGAGUCGUUGGAAAUCCAUUCGAUCUCAAAGUCGAACAAGGACCACAGGUGGACCACAAUCAACUGGAAAAAAUUUUGUUCAUGAUCGAUGCCGGUAAGAAGGAGGGUGCCAAAUUGGUUUGCGGAGGAGACAGAAUCGGUGAUAAAGGAUACUUCGUAGCGCCAACCGUAUUCGCUAACGUUACGGAUAACAUGACCAUUGCCAGAGAAGAGAUAUUUGGCCCAGUUCAGCAGAUUAUGAAGUUCAGUCAAAUCGAUGAAGUUAUCAAACGUGCGAACAAUUCCGACUACGGAUUGGCAGCUGCCGUCUUCACGAAAGACAUCGAUAAAGCUAAUCAUUUAGUCCAAGGUCUUCGAGCGGGCACAGUCUGGGUCAACACUUACAAUAUUUUGGCAAAUCAAGUACCCUUUGGAGGCUAUAAGAUGUCUGGUCAUGGACGGGAACUUGGCGAGUAUGGUCUGGAGGCGUACACAGAAGUAAAGAGUGUCAUUGUUAAGAUAAACGAAAAGAAUAGUUAAACGGUGUGCCUAUUUUGCCACUUAUAUGCUAACGACAAUAGCAACACGCACACGUGGGAUACAAGUAUAAAUUUGUAAUUCAUACUUUUUUUUUGUAAUUCUGUAUAAAGCUAAAUAUGCAUGGUGCUACUAUUUUUUUACUUGAUUAAAUAUUUGGCAUUAAAGCCUUAUUAUGAAGGAUUAUUUCUAUAGUACUUAGUUUAAAUCCCGAAAAAGGGGAGUAAUUUUGGGUUAGAAUUAAAGGAAUAAAUACG